AUGAGUCUCAAUCUACCCAAUCCUAGUAUAUUGGGGAUUCUAUUAGUGGUAUCGACUCACAGUGGUCCUCAAUUGGUAUUUCAAUAUCCGCCUGAUUUAUCGAAUGAUUCCAAAAAAAAUAGCAGUUUGAAACGAACUAACAAGGUUUCAACUUUGCAAAGUAGGGUUAGUGACACAGAAGACGAUAUUGAUGACGAUGAUUACAUUGCAGACAAAGAAAACGAUGAGGAGUACAUGAAUGAAGAUAGUGAUGAAAGAGAAUGGGAUUCAAGAAAAAUGAACUAUUACUUGGGAACUAAGAAGGAUUUACUUCUGUUUCUAGAUGAGCAAGAGAAGUUUCGUCAAAAGCCACAAGGAUGGAACAAUAGUCAUAGUCAUGAGCAAACUAAUAUACAAAUGAACUCAGAUGAUAAAAGCUCUUUGCGUCGUAAAAGCAAACCAGGUUCUUCUGAUAAGCAAAUAGACUCCCCAAAGCUUGAUGCAACAAAUUCAAAUAAUUUAAAAAAGACGAUAUCCAGUAUAUCGGAUUCCCAGAAAAGCAACACAUCAAAGAGUUCAGUAAGUGGAGCUCCUCCUGUAUCUCCUAUUACGAGUAGUACAAUUCUUGGGUUUGAAGCUGAUUACUUAUGUGAGAUGCUUUGUCCUCCAAAACAAAUGUGUAAUUCAAGAUUUGAAAUUAUGAUCGAUGAUUUAGUGUUCUUAGGAUUGCCUAUUCACAGUUACGACAAUGGUUCUUGGAGAUCCAAACAUUCUCAUCGCCCCAAAUCUGGAAAACUGUCUAAGGGAAGGUUUAAGAAUGCUACUGAUAAUGCCAGUAUUGAUAAUGAAAAAACAGAUUACGAAAACACUUCUAAAAGUCAAUCAAAAAAUGCUAUGAAUAUGUUUCACCUAGUUUUUAUAAUGAACCCACCUAUUAUCGAAUGUAACUAUCGUAUUGAUGAGAUGUUUCACUACGUUAUAUCAAGAUUAUCUCUUGUAUUAAGAUAUGAACAACUGAAACAUGAAUAUGUUUGGAAUCAGAUCCGUUUGAUAUAUAAUUUAAAAGAAGAGUUUAGAAAUCAAACAACUACACUGAAUCUAACAAGAUAUUUAACUGACAAAUCGUCAUUGUGUAAAUUAAUAUCAGACUGCUUUAUUCAAAUCUCAAGGUCUAAUAUUGCCAAUCUUUCAAUAAAUAAUAAAUUAAGGUCAUUUCAAAUUCCAAUCAAGACAGAGUUUCAUUCAUUACCAGAUUCUACUGUGCCAUAUUUGCCAGGUUCUCAUUUAUCAUCCACUGUAAAUAUGUUAGCUAAUACUGGACUUAUUAGCGUUGGUGAAACCGUAAGGUAUGAUAAUGUAAAUAACUUGAAUGGCGGCACACUUGAUGAUAUUGUUGAUAUUGAUGACAAUAAAUCAGACUCAAAUGCUGAUGAUAUCAUAUAUUAUGCUUUAUUGUUAUUGGAUGACCCAGAAACUAUAAUCAGAGAUAUUAAAGCUCAACAACAGAGUACCCUCGCGAAUUUUAUUAGAAUGAUUAAACCGACUGAAUCCCUAUUAAAGCUAGCUAACAAAUUGAAGCUGCAAGCCAGUGAUGAUGGAUUUAGUUUAGAUGUUGGACAAAUCAAAUCCUUUGCUUUUCAUUUAAUAUAUUGGAGAAGAGCUCGGGUUAUCCUCCCAAUAGGCACAAGAUCCGUCUACAUCGUUUCGCCGAUGGCCCCUAUUACGCUUAAUUUUCAUCAUGAUAUCUUUAUUUUCAAAAGAACAUUUCCAGCACUACCAUCAUUACCGCAUUUCUUGAAGCUUUUGUCAAAUUCAUCAAAGCCGAGACAAUUAGCCACCAUUAUUCCCUCUAAAGAUCAUCGUGACGCAUACCUUAACGCCCUAAGCUGGUUGAUUAGAUAUGGAUAUGUUACCCAGUUACAUACUUUUAUUUGGCUAAAAAUUUCUAGGAAAGUGAAAAUGAAGGUUGAAGAAGACUUAGAAAAUGAAAGUGCCAAUAAUAAGAGAAAAAAAUCAAGCGUUUCAUCUGACCCAAAUACAUCUAGCAAAAUCAAUUCCGGUACAGAUAAUACUUCAAAGACAGAAUCCAAUCAGGAAGCAAUCCAGCGCAAAAUGUCGCUAUUGAAGAUAGUAAAUAAAAACACCGAUAGUAAUCCAAACUCUUAUGAUCAGGAAAUAGACAAUAUUGAAAAGAAGUUGGUAUCACCAUCUACAGGUAUCAAUAUUGUUUUAGAGGAAGAAGGAGAUACAAUAAUAAUUGAUCCUGGGCGUGCUUCCUCGUUGGAAAGAAGAUGGAUAAAUAAAGUGAUUUCAGAAGAAUGCAGCCUCUCAUCAGAGUUAACGGUAAAGUUCUACGACCUAUUAAAAUAUAUGAAUGGCAAGAAUUCAUUAGAACUUUUGCUAUUAAAAGAAAAUGUUUCAAGGCAAGAGUUAAGAAAGCUAUUGUUUGCGAUUGAAGAUCAUAUAAUUUCAGUAAGGCAUUGGUAA